AUGCCCAAGUCCAGCACCAGUCUUUCCAAAAAGACGGGGAACAAGCUUCACCGCAAGGAUCUAUACGUCAGGCAGAAGAGGGAAAAUGAGAAGGAGAAGAGAGAGGCACGUUUCCGUCGGAAGAAGGAAGAGUCCAGGGACCCGGAGCUGCGGAGGGAGCGCCUCGAGAAGAACAAGCCCCUGACCAUCGACCGGAAGCGAGUCUGGGACGACGUCGACGAUGACAGCCUCUACUCCAGCGUCAACAUGGAGCAGCUGCUGAAGCGCAGGCGCAUGGAGCAGGAGGAGGCCGAGGAGCGGCAGGCCGCCAUCGCCAACGGUGAAGCCGUCGACGAGGAGGGCGACGCCAGCGGCGACGACAGGGACAGCAUGCUGGGCUCCGACGACGACGACGACGAAGAGGGGGACGAGGAGGACAGCAAAGCCGCCGUGCAGGCUCGCGCCCGGCGUGUCAUGAGGGACGACAGCGUGGCGCCGUCGACGACGAGCACGAACCUCGACCUGACCCCCGAGGCACUCAUCGCCAAGUUCCCCUCCCUCUUCGCAGACGACACUCCCCCCGAGCCCAAGGUCCUGAUCACCACCUCGCUCAACUCUACCCUCCACGACGAAGCCCACAAGCUGUGCACCCUGUUCCCCAACAGCGAGUACAAGCCGCGGUCCUCCCACAAAUAUGGAUACAAGUACAGCGUUAGAGAGAUCAGCAAGUUUGCCGCCAACCGAGGCUACACGACAGUCAUGGUGCUCCGCGAAGAUCAGAAGAGGCCUAUCGGCCUUGAUGUCGUCCAUCUCCCUGUUGGACCGACAUUCCACUUCAGCAUCAGCAACUGGCUGGAUGUCAAGAAGAUCCCCGGCCAUGGCAACCCCACGAAUCAUUAUCCCGAGCUGCUGCUAAACAACUACACGACACCGUUGGGCGUCUUGACCUCGAGGCUAUUCCUCAACCUCUUCCCCAAGAACCCGGAGUUCCAGGGAAGACAAGUUGUGACGUUCCACAACCAGAGAGACUACAUCUUUGUCCGACGCCAUCGCUAUGUGUUCCGGGACAAAAAGGCAACAGAGAAGAGCGUGGUCGGUGCCGACGGCAAGGAGCUGAAGGGUGUUGAGAAUAUCCGGACUGGACUGCAAGAACUCGGUCCGCGGUUUACCCUGAAGCUUCGACGUAUAGACAAGGGCAUAGGUCGGGCAGGGAGCGAAGGGGACGAUGCCAUACAAUGGGAGUGGAAGGCAAAGAUGGAGAAGCAGAGAACCAGAUUCAACCUUUAG